GGCAAAUCCCAGCCGUCGACCCCUCAUCCGGCCCCGGAUGGAUCUCCUACCAUGGCCGGCACGCCUGACCGGAAGAACACGCCGUCUCCGACGUCCGCGGCGACAUCGGGCCCAGGCUUCCCGCCCCCGCUAAUACCACGCAGCCGCUCGAAUGACGGGCUCGGCCUCAACGGGAUGGGCUCGUCGGCCGGCAUCGACGCGCACAUGGUGGCCGCGCUCGACGCCGAGCUUGAGUCGAGCCUCGAGUGGAUCAACCACCCGGCCGUCUUCGGCCGCGACAGCCGCAAGGCGGUGCUGCAGGCCAUCGGCGUCAUCAGCUCGCAGCGCGCCUUCACCUUCCGCACGCCCAUCGAGAGCCUGUGGGCCGGGCGGGUCAGCGGCGUCAAACGACUGACGGAGAAGAGCCGCGAGUGGCGCGAGGAAGGGGGCGGCGAGGGCGGCAUCAUGGAGGAGGCGUAGACGGAGAGCGGAAAAAGGGGGUGCGGAAACAGGACAAGCGAAACCCCCCUCUUGCUUCGCCGGGCUUGAUUGGGUUGCUCUCUGUGCCGUCUUAUUCUUGAGCGGCGGAACCCGGGGAAACACGGUCGCCGUCAUCAGACCUUCCUGUUCUGUUGCGGGUCGCCGAACUGGUGGGUCUUGCGCCGCACACAAGGAACUGCGCCGCGGUCAUGCCGCCUUCGCUGCGAGUCAGCUACGCCGCGCAUCCCCAACCCUCUCUGCCGCCUCAGUCGCCAAUCGGCGGGAUUAUUUCUCAUCGGGCACCACGGCAACACCCUCCCUCCCGACUAUCAACCAAAUCCAUCGCCUCUCAAAGGAAUACGCGCGCGCGCAUCGUCCCGCCGUCGCCGCCGCCCGCCAGCCGUCCCGCGUCGCACUCGCCCAUCGGCACAAUCCUGUCAUCCUACCGAGCUUAUAUCCUCGCAGUGUUCCG